AUGAUCACCCGACCCCAGGCGCGGCCGCAGUCUCUACUGCGAGCCAUCGUCAAACAAGCUCAGUCUUCUCGUCCCCGACCUCAGCGCCGAAGCUUGCACAGUGUCCCGCAGUGGGCAGACUCGAAGAAACAGCAACGGUUCGCCCAACAUGGCGUUCCAGGCUUUCUCUCCCCGAACACAUACAACGAGACAUACGUGAAAUACACUCAACAUCUUUGCGAUCGGUUAAAUGAAUGGACCCAAGGCACGCCUGACGAGUCGACGUCUGCUUUCGAUCUGCAUGCCAUCAACGCACACAAGCCCGAACGAGCCGCACUUUACAACCAUGCUGCCAUGGCUAACCACACGCAUUUCUUCUGGGAGUCGCUGACCGACGCCGAAGAUCCGGUCGAGCGUCGUCCCGGUCUGAAUACAAUGCGAUCAAUAGAGAUGGACUAUGAGUCGGUCGACCACCUGCGGUCCGAGUUUCUCGAAAUUGCCGACGCCAUGUUCGGCAACGGCUUCGUCUGGUUGAUGAAGCCACCCACCCCCGGCGGACUUACCAUUCUGGCCACAUACAAUGCUGGCAGUCCCUAUUCGGAAGCUGCCCCACGCAGAGACAGCCGCGACAUGGCGACCUACGACGGCCGCCAGCUUGCAGCACAGCUCUCCGGCCGAGGCGGACUCGGCGCGGGAAGUCUGGAAGAACGCACGUUAGGCCGCGGAGGCGGACUCGGUGUUGCUGGCGCAUUCGGUGACUUCAGCUCCGCCCGAGCCAAUCUGUAUGCCGGUGCCCUGAACGCCCAGCCCAUUCUGUGCGCCAAUGUCUGGCAGCACCAGUACAUUCCCGAUUGGGGUGUGCUGGGUAAACGGGCGUAUUUGACGGCCUGGUGGGAUCACAUUGACUGGCAAAUGGUCGAGCGACGGCACUCCAUGUACGAGACCGAAGGCGAGAGAUUUGCGCCCAACAGGAACGCCCGGCCUUACGCGAAUGUCAUGGAUGCUGUGACCAGAGCUAUGUGA